AUGGACCUGGGUAUCAAGGUACUACAAAGGGAUGUGCACCAUCCGGGAUUUCGUUUAGAGUUUGAUUGCAUCAUUUAUAGAAAACAAUUAAUAAUACCAAUUAAGGCGUCCACUUUCAAAAAAUGCAACAGGAAAGAAGCAGAUUUUAACAAGUGCUUAACGAACGCCGUUCAGGACGCUUUUCACCAACUCAAUAAAGCACACCCAGAAGUGGACUUGCCCAGUUUAGAUCCUUUUGUUUAUCCGGUGGGAUUGGUACGAGUGGGUAAAGGGACUUCUGUCGUUCAGUUCACACAUGUCUUCAAACACACAAGCGUUAAGAAAUUCACAGAAUUUUCAUCACUUAAAGCGAGUAUGGACUUUGACACAAACGUCUUGACUCUGGAAAUCGAAUACCCAACAAUAAUAUUUAAUUUUGACUACGAAAUCGACGGUAAAAUCUUAACAAUACCCAUAAAAGGACAAGGUCCUGGCCAAAUACAUCUUAAAAAUUUUGCCAUAGAACUAACUUUUACUUUAAAAGAAGAAAACAACUAUUAUAAAGUGGCUAACGGCAAUUUCGCUUUUAAAAAAAUGGAAAAUGUGUGGUUUAAUUUUGAGAAUUUGUUUGACGGAAACAAGGAGUUAGGUGAUAAAGUCAAUGCCGCAAUGAACGAGAACUGGAAAGGCAUAUUUGAAGAAAUGCAAGACAAGUACGAAAAAAUAAAUGCCAAAACUUUCACAGGAAUCUUCUCCAAAUUUCUCGAAAAAGUACCUGCGAGGGAACUUUUCGGUGAGCCGUAG